GACUUUUUUUUUUUUUUUUCCUCUGUCCACGGGCUUUUCUCACAUAGUACCGCGCUCCUCCUGUCUGCGCGCCUGCUGCUCUCCGCUCCGCUUCCUCCACAUUCCCCCUCCCUCAUUCACUCACACAGCAGCGGUCUGACACACCGGGAACCAGCACCGGCACCAGUGGGGGACUCUUCCUGCGAGUGUGUGCCCGCCGAGCAACAUGUCCCCAGCCCGGAGACGGGGAAAGCGCACCGGGUGCUCGACAUCGGCGCCGCGGACCGUGGCUACAGCUGGAGGGAGUGGACAGGUCGCACAGGUGUGGGUCUCCUGUUGGAUUCUGCUGUCGGCUACCUGUAUUCUCAGCGCCCGGGCUCAAGAUGAUGUCCCACCGUAUUUUAAGAUGGAGCCUCCUCAAACACAGGUUCACCUGGAGGGGAACCGCCUGGUCCUGACCUGCAUGGCAGAGGGCAGCUGGCCUCUAGAAUUCAAAUGGAUCUACAACGGCACAGAACUCACACGAUUCUCUUUGGAAUACAGGUACCUGAUCACCUCACUGGACCGCUCACACGCCGGCAACUACCGCUGCAUCGUGAGAAAUCGUGUGGGCGCCAUCAUGCAGUGCAGCACCGCAGUGCAGGUUGCUUAUAUGGGUGGUUUUGUGGAGGGCGAGAGGUCUCAGACGGUCUCCCAGGGUGAGGGUGCUCUCAUCCGCGUGCCACAGAUCCACAGCUUCCCCAAGCCGCAGAUCACCUGGUUCAGAGAUGGCCGCAAGAUUCCCUCCAGCAGCCGCAUUGCCAUCACGCUGGACAACACACUGGUCAUCUUGUCUACGGUGACCCCGGAUGCUGGACGUUACUACGCCCAGGCGGUCAAUGACAAGAACGGGGAGAACAAAACCAGCAUGCCCAUCACAGUCACGGUGGAGGAUGUUGGAGGACCCGUAGACCCCAUCGCCCCCGCCAUCAUCAUCCCCCCCAGGAACACCAGUGUCACAGUGGGGCGAAAUGAAGCCGUCAUGGAGUGCGUCGCCAAUGCAAGACCCCUCGUCAAAAUGAGCAUUACUUGGAGGAAAGACGGGGCUGUGGUCAGCAGAGGGAUCCGAGAUUUUGGCCGUCGGCUUGUCAUCAGCUUGCCAGCAGUCAGCGAUAGCGGCUACUACGAGUGCGAGGCGUCGCUCCGCAGUAGCAGCAUCCCUUCCAUCACUGCUGGGGCCUUCCUGCAUGUUCUAGAGUUUCCUCUGUUUGUCAAAGAGCCGCCAAGUCACAUCAGUGCAGAAAUGGAAAAGGUGGUGGAUAUCCCCUGUCAGGCUCGAGGCACACCACCGCCGGACAUAGUGUGGUAUAAAGACGCGGUGCCCAUCAGUCCGGUGAGGAUCCCCAGGUACAGGGUGUUGGUGGGAGGCAGUCUGCAGAUCAACGGACUCCUGCCAGACGACACUGGGAUGUUUCAGUGCUUCGCCCGCAAUCUUGCAGGAGAGAUCCAGACAAACACCUACCUCGCUGUUACUAGUAUCGCUCCAAAUAUCACGACUGGUCCUUCUGACAGCGCCGUGAUUGACAGCAUGUCAGUCAUUCUGCACUGUGAGACGUCAGGAGCUCCACGGCCAGCCAUCACUUGGCAGAAAGGUGAACGUGUUUUGGCCAGCGGCUCGGUCCAGAUGCCCAGGUUCACGCUGCUUGAGUCGGGCAGCCUGCUAAUCAGUCCCUCUCACUUGUCUGAUGCUGGUACGUACACGUGCAUGGCCAGCAACUCCAGAGGCAUCGAUGAGGCUUCCUCUGAUCUAGUGGUCUGGGCACGGACGCGCAUCAAUAAACCGCCGCAAGACCAGAGUGUCAUCAAAGGAACCAAGGCUGUCAUGACCUGCGGUGUGACCAACGAUCCCAGUGUCACUGUUAGGCAUGUAUGGGAGAAGAGCGGCUCGGUGAUUGACGUGAACACGUCGCCACGCCUGCGGCUCGAUCCCGACGGGACCCUGCACAUCUCCCAGACGUGGUCGGGUGACAUCGGAACAUACACCUGCAGGGUGACAUCAGUCGGCGGCAACGACUCCCACAGCGCCCACCUCAGAGUCAGGCAACUGCCCCAUGCGCCCGAAAACCCAAUAGCGGUGCUGAGUACCACGGAGAAGAGGGCCAUCAACCUCACGUGGGCCCCGGCCUUUGAUGGAAACAGCCCCCUCAUCCGCUACAUCCUGGAGGUCUCCGAAAACAAUGCUCCUUGGACAGUGCUGCUGGCUAACAUUGAGCCCGAGUCCACGGGCGUCACGGUCGGCGGCCUCAUCCCCGCGCGCUCGUAUCAGUUCCGCCUGUGCGCCGUCAACGAUGUGGGCCGGGGCCAGUUCAGCAAAGAGACUGACCGACUUACUCUCCCCGAAGAGCCUCCCAGUGCCCCCCCUCAGACAGUGCUCGCGAGUGGACGCACCAACCAGUCCAUCAUUAUCCAAUGGCAGCCACCCCCGGAGAGCCAUCAGAAUGGUCCACUCCAGGGCUACAUUGUCAGGUACUGCCUGUCUGGGCUUCCAGUGGAUUGCCAAAUGAAAAACAUCACCAACCCAGACCAGACCAGUCUCCUCCUGGAGGACCUCAUCAUCUGGACCAACUAUGAGAUGGAGGUAGCAGCCUAUAAUGGAGCUGGCAGGGGCACCUACAGUCAGAAAGUUACCGAAUGGACCCUGCAAGGAGUGCCCACUGUGCCACCAGGAAAUGUACAAGCCGAGGCUGUCAACUCCACCACAGUGCGUUUUACCUGGAGUGCUCCGAGCCCUCAGUUUAUCAAUGGAAUCAACCAAGGAUAUAAGCUGUUGGCAUGGGAACCCGGUCAUGCUAAUGAGGUCGCCAUGGUUACGGUGCGCCCCAACUUCCAGGAUAGUAUUCAUGUUGGCUACACCUCUGGCCUUAAAAAAUACACCGAGUACUACACGUCAGUGUUGUGCUUUACUACCCCGGGAGACGGGCCCCGCAGCUCGCCUCAGCGGUUACGCACCCACGAGGAUACCCCUGGUCCUGUGGGACACCUUAGUUUCACUGACAUCUUGGACACCUCGCUAAAAGUCAGCUGGAAGGAGCCACAGGAAAAAAACGGUCUCCUUACAGGCUAUCGUAUCUCCUGGGAGGAGUUCAACAGGACCAAUACUCGAGUGACCCAUUAUUUGCCCAACCUGACUCAGGAGUAUAAGGUGACAGGUCUUACCGCCCUCACCACCUACACCAUCCAGGUAGCAGCCAUGACCUCCAAGGGCCAGGGUCAGCUCUCGGCUUCCACCAUCUCCUCUGGCGUUCCACCCGAGUUGCCCGGUCCUCCCACCAAUUUAGCCAUCUCCAACAUUGGCCCUCGCUCCGUCACUUUGCAAUUCAAGCCGGGCUAUGAUGGCAAGACAUCCAUUUCCCGCUGGCAGGUUGAAGCUCAGAUUGGCAUAAUAGGAGAGAAUGAAGAAUGGCUGACGGUUCAUCAGCUGGUUAAUGAACCUGAUGCUAGAAUACUGGAGGUCCUGGAUCUAAACCCUUAUACUUUCUACAGGUUUCGAAUGCGCCAGGUGAACAUUGUGGGCACCAGUUUGCCCAGUCAGCCCUCCAGAAAGAUCCAGACCCUGCAGGCUCCUCCUGACAUAUCCCCCGCUAAUGUCACCCUCCGCACGGCCAGUGAGACCAGCCUGUGGCUCCGCUGGGUGCCUCUUCCAGAAUGGGAGUACAACGGGAAUCCAGAUCUCGUUGGCUACCGGGUCCAAUACUCCAAAGCUGGGUCUAAAGGGGGAGUUCUUGCCCAUGUCAUCAUGGACAGACUGGAGAGGGAGUUCACCAUUGAGGACCUGGAGGAGUGGACGGAGUACGAGGUCAGAGUUCAGGCCAUCAAUGGUAUUGGUUCAGGACCUUGGAGCCCACCAGUCCAUGGCAGGACCAGAGAGUCUGUGCCCUCCAGUGGUCCCACCAAUGUGUCAGCCUUUGCCACCACCUCCAGCAGCAUCCUGGUCCGGUGGGGAGAAGUCCCGGAGGCUGACCGUAAUGGACUCAUCUUGGGCUAUAAGGUUGUGUUUAAAGAAAAGGACUCAGACAACGCUCCCAGCUUCUGGACAGUGGACGGCAACACCAGCCACAGUGUCCAGCUGAGCAGUCUGGGCAAGUACGUCCUGUAUGAGAUCCAGGUCCUCUCAUUCACACGGAUUGGAGAUGGAAGGAGCAGCUCACCGUCCAUUCUCGAGCGGACGCUGGAUGACGUGCCAGGACCUCCAGUUGGCAUCCUCUUCCCCGAAGUCAGAACCACAUCAGUCAGGCUCAUCUGGCAGCCUCCUGCACAGCCCAAUGGAAUUAUCCUUGCUUAUCAGAUCACGUACAGAAGAAACUCUUCAAACAGCAACGCCGCCACUGUCGACGUGCUGAGCCCCAGUGCACGACAGUACACAGCGACUGGACUGAAGCCAGAGACGGUUUACGUGUACCGCCUCACUGCCCAGACACGGAAAGGUUGGGGGGAGGCUGCCGAGGCUUUGGUGGUGACAACGGAAAAGCGAGCUCGACCCCAACCCACAAGUCGCCCUGUCGUGCCUCAAGAGGAAGUGCAGGCUCGCAGAGUGCUGUUGUCAUGGGAACCAGGCAGCGAUGGCCUGUCCCCCGUCCGUUACUAUACAGUCCAGUACAGAGAGCUGCCAGACAGCAACUGGACUGUCCACUCUGCAUCUGUGAGUCACGAGAUGCACGCCUACAUCGUGGACAGGUUAAAGCCGUUUACUUCGUACCAGUUUCGCAUUAAAGCCACCAAUGACAUCGGAGACAGCGAGUACAGUCAGGAGACUGAGGCCAUCACUACGCUGCAAGAUGCGCCAGACAAAGCCCCAACAAUUCUGUCUGUUACACCUCACACAACCACAUCUGUUCUGGUCCGGUGGCAGCCCCCCUCUGAGGAUCACAUAAAUGGAGUCUUGCUGGGGUUCAGAGUCAGGUUCCGCGAGUUACACUACGACCGCCUACGCAGCUUCACGGUCCGCACGGUAAACAGUCCCUCUGCCGACUGGGCUGAUCUCACCGCUCCUUACAGUGUCAGGAAUUUGUCCGAAUCCUCGCUCACCCAAUAUGAACUGGAUAAUUUGAGUAAACACAAGCGCUACGAGAUCCGUCUCAGCGUGUAUAACGCUGUUGGGGAGGGUCCGAGCAGCGCGCCGCUGGAAGUGUUUGUCGGGGAAGCGGUCCCGACUGCCCCUCCCCAGAAUAUGAUGGUCCAGUCCUCAACAGCAACACAGCUGGAUGUGACAUGGGACCCUCCACCUCUGGAUGCUCAGAAUGGGGACAUUCAGGGUUACAAGAUCUAUUUCUGGGAGUUUCAGCUCCAGAAUGAGACGGAGCGCCUGCGCACUCUGUUCCUACCAGAGCUCGGGGUGAAGCUGAAAAACCUGACAGGCUACACCACCUACAUGAUCAGUGUGGCGGCCUUCAAUGCAGCAGGGGAUGGACCGCGCUCCCUGCCCACCAGAGGGCGCACUCAGCAAGCAGCACCCAGUGCUCCCAGCUUCAUCCACUUCAGUGAGUUGACCACCACUUCGGUCAACGUGUCCUGGGGAGAGCCCAAACAGGCCAACGGCAUCAUCGAGGGCUAUCGCCUGGUUUACGAGCCCUGCACGCCAGUUGAUGACUCCUCUGCUCGCACUCCAGGUGUCAGUAAGAUAGUGACAGUCGACGUGAAGGGCACCACUCCCCUGUGGAUGAAAAUCAAGGACCUGGCCGACGGAGUCACCUAUAACUACCGCAUCCGCGCUAAAACGCUCACUUAUGGCCCCGAGGUCGAGGCGAACAUCACCACUGGGCCCGGAGAAGGAGCCCCAGGCCCUCCCGGAGAACCAUUUAUUUCUCGCCAUGGAACUGCCCUCACGCUUCACUGGACAAGUGGUGAUCAAGGUCGCGGCCCCAUCACGAGAUACGUCAUUGAAGCCCGACCCUCUGAUGAAGGACUGUGGGACAUCCUCAUCAAAGACAUUCCCAAAGAAGUCACAUCCUACACACUUAACCUGGACAUGCUGAGAGAAGGGGUCACUUAUGAUUUUCGAGUAAUUGCAGUCAACGACUAUGGUUAUGGUUCUCCGAGUGCUCCCUCCCCGUCCAUAUCCGCCCAGAAGGUUUCUCCCUUCUAUGAGGAGUGGUGGUUCUUGGUGGUGAUUGCUCUGGUGGGCCUCAUCUUCAUCCUCCUCCUUGUUUUUAUCCUCAUCAUCCGCGGCCAGAGUAAAAAAUACACCAAAAAGGCAGAUACAGUGUCGCCCUCAUACCCCUGUCCAGGCAACCACUCCAACUGCACAGCACUGCCCCUGACCCACGGCGAAAUGGUGCGCCUGGACGAGGGACGCUUCCCCGCCCUGGAGCUCAACAACAGACGCCUCUCCAUGAAAAACUCGUUCUGCCGCAAGAACGGCAUCUACACACGGUCACCGCCAAGACCCAGUCCUGGAAGUCUGCACUACUCAGACGAGGAUGUCAGCACGAAGUACAAUGACCUGAUUCCAGCAGAGAGCAGCAGUCUGACUGAGAAACCCUCUGAGAUAUCUGACUCUCAGGGCAGCGACAGCGAAUAUGAGAUGGAUCAGAGCCGACAGAAGACCCACUCCUUUGUCAACCACUACAUCAGCGACCCCACCUACUACAACUCCUGGCGUCGGCAGCAGAAGGGCGUCUCUCGCCCCCCAGCAUACGGCUACUCUCAGGCCGAGCCCCUGGUGGAACAGGAAUCAAGGCCGCACCCCCCGCCAGUGCCCCCUCUCCCGCCUCUGCCCCCUCUCCUCCCCCAGAGUGCCCCAUCCCCACAGCCGCAGUGCCAGGGCCAGAGCCAGGGCCAGGGAACUCUCUUCAGGCCUAAAGGGAGCCGGACUCCCACCCCAUCCCUGCUGUCCUCUGAAACUCCCAGCCAGCACAGUACCCUCUACCGCCCCCCCAGCAGCCUGGGCUGUGCCACUCAGGCACCGACCGCGGGCUUCUCCUCUUUUGUUUGACACACAGCUCUCCUUCCGUUAGCAACAGGACCUUGAGGAGAAGUCUGUAUUUUUUUUUUUUUAUGUUGGUUUAUUUGUAUUUUGCACUUUUUUUUAUUUUUUUGCAGGCAUCUCGAGAGCUGAGUUUGUUUGAGUGUGUGCGUGCGUGUGCGCACGCGUGUGCGUAUGUGUAUUUGAUAGUGUAUUUCAUGAAAAAGACAAUCAUUUGAAAGUUUUUUUUUAUGCGUUGCUCAUGUACAUUUACUUUAAAGGUUUUCAACAAGGGAUGAAAAAGAGAACCUGAAGUUCUGAGAAGCAAAUCCUUGUUUUAAAAUGCUGUAUUAUUGUUGUUUUAAUAGGAGAGCUUUAUGGGGAAAACAACCACCUUAGAACCAUAGAUUAUAGACCACUUAGCUUGCUGUGACUGAACAGUGGGGGGAAAAAAAAAGAAGUAAAAUCUCUUCUGGAAAACUGUGAUGUUUGAACGUACAGAAAGUGAGAAAUGGACUCAACAAAUGGUCACUGUGGCUGUCUGCUGCCUUUGACGUUCUCACUCUGCCUAAUCGUUCGUCGCCUCUGCCAAGAGGGUUAUGUUUUCACGUGUGUCUGUUUAAUUGUCAGCAGGAUUAUGCAAAAACUGAUGGGAUGGGGCAUGAGCCAGGACAGACUCUAUUACAUUUUGGGACAGAUUUGAUUCUUCUUUUUUUGCUCUGAAGUCUGGUGUGUGUUGUUUGACGUUGCUCUCAGCAGACGUACACGCUCUGUUGAGUGCCAUUCUCGUUGGAACUGCGUCAUGUGUUUACUUGUAUGUACUUGUAUUAUAUUGUUUACCAGAUAUUUAUAUCGAUCGGCUUCAAGCUCAACGUUUUCAGAACAUCACUCGUGACAAUGUUAUGACUCACAUUAAAGCAUUGUGGCACCUUUUUAGUAGUCUGGAGAAUGUGUCAGUGGUGUGCCGGUAUACUCGCGUCAAGAGACUGUGGUUUCCUUUUUAUUUUAGAACAAAAAGCACAAAUGUUGCGAUCGCAGUCACAUUAGACAAACUCGCUAUGAUCAGGCUACUAAAAAUGUGAUGGAUGAGGUCUAAACAUCGCUACCAAUGUGCACAUGGUUGAUUUUAACACGAGCGCCGAACCCGAAAGCUCUGAUUUUGAAAAAAAAUUUCAACAGUGCGACUGAAAGGACUGUAAAAUUUACAGACAGUAGACAUUCCAAGAAAGGAAGCUUUUAUGUAUUCGUCUCAGUUUCUUUGUGAGGCUGAGGAAGAGUUUGGUUUACUUGUGUAUAUAUGUUUAUAUAUAUAUAUAUAUGUAUAUAUAUAUAUAAAAAAAAGAAAAGCUUUAUUUAAGGAUGAACAGCAAGACACGUGAUGUGCAUCAUUAUAAGGAUUGUGUUCAUUUGUGUACAACAUGUUACAGUGUAACAUGAACGCGGACGAUGAUUGAAAAUUGUGUUUUAUGCUCCCCCCGCACACGUGUAUGUUAUGGUGAUGUGUUUUCUACGGCACCUUUGACUAUUCCAUUUCUCUCAGCUAUAUUAAAGUUGAACGGUACUUUGCUGUACGUAUAAACUUAAACAGUUGCUCUUUGUAGUCCAGAAUUAACACCUGUCAAAUUUCCAAAUAUAAACAUACGUGUGCAUCAUGGAGAAAACACCAUGGACCUAUUCAUGGUCGCUCUCAAAAAUAAAAUAUUCUAUUUUGUAAUGGCUUUUUUUGUUCAUGC